ACAAACCACUACACAAUCUUCAAAACCACCCUCCCAGCGGGCCCACCGCCCGCCUCCCCCUUCCACAUCCCGCCCAGCACCCUCCGCCGCGAAUUCCUCCAAUGGCAAAGCCGCAUCCACCCGGACAAAUACCCGCAAGGCCCGCAAAAACAAGCCGCGGAGGCCCUGUCGGCCCGAAUCAACGAAGCGUAUCGCACGCUGCUGGACCCGUUACAGCGCGCGCAGUAUCUCCUGCGCGAGAUGCACGGGAUUGAUGUCACGGCGGAGGAUGGGGCGACGAAGCAUGCGCUGGACGCGGAGACGUUGAUGGAGGUGAUGGAGGUGCAGGAGACGAUUGAGGAGGUGAGUGGGGAUCCCGGGGCGGAGGAGAGGAUUGCGGAGUUGAAGAGGGAGAAUGAGGGACGGGUGGAGGAGUGUGUGAGGGUGCUUGGGGAGGCGUUUGAUCGUGGGGAUGUGGAGGUUGCGAGGAGGGAGUGUGUGCGGUUGAGGUUUUGGUAUAGUGUUGGGGAGGGGUUGAGGGAGUGGGAGCCGGGGAUGGUGGAGAUU